CAACAGUUUAGACGCGUACUUGAUACUACCCUACAAGCAUCAAUUUCAAGUGAUCUAUCGCUCGACGAGAUUGUAUAUAGGAACCCUGCAGGUCGACUAGGAUGUUAUAGCGUUCCUACGACAAAGAUCCAGAGCAGUCUCUCUCUAUCUCUCCUAUUCUUUUUCCCUUCUGCUGCGCGGGAAUAUUUACACCCAGCAACGUUCAUCCCUCCUCGUGAUCGCCGCUUACUUCGUAGUUAGCACGCGGAGGUUUAUACAUAUUGCCUUAGAAUCUUUCUUCGAAGUCGCUCUUUUUUUUUUCUUCUGCAUUCUCCGUCAAGACAUUAAAUCGCCAGUAGUGGCCUGUCUUAAUCCACGAUGUCGCCGAAACAGAGUCCUGCCAACAAUGGCCAGGAACAACAAAUAACGCCAUUUGCCGAUUUGAUGGCUCUCGAGCACCUCGAAAAGAGCACGAGGAUUCUUGGCGCACCUACAGAUAAGCCAGAGGUUGUCGAGACAUUCCAAUCGGUAUCCCUACCAUUCAGUCCUGGCGCAGGCCAGCGCGCCUUUGGCGGUCAUGUCUUCGCACAGUCUGCAUAUGCAGCCUCGAAGACAGUAAAGAGGGGAUUCGUGAUACAUAAUAUCAUGGGCUCUUUUAUCUUGGCUGGUCGUCUGGAUGUUCCCUUCGUAUAUACUGUCCGUCACGUCCGUGAUGGCGGAGUAUACUGCAUGCGUGCGGUCGAUGUUCGACAAAAUGGAAACGUCUGCUUUUCCUGCAUCUGCUCCUUCAAGCGACUUGAGACGCGCUUCUCCUACGGCUAUCAGCCUGCUGUGGAUCUGCACGAGAAGUAUCAGUCAGUACUGGAGGACAAGAAGCCUGAAGACCAUCCCCUCGCUCCGGGAGUCGAUGCCGAUUGGUGGAUGCGAGCAGUCGAGAUGGGAGAAAUUGAGGAGGGAGAGUUUGCUGGAGUCGAUUUGAGAAGGGUGGACAUGCGAAAGUAUAACCGAACAGAAGAGAUCAGAAAGAACCCGCAUAAGUACCGCCAAUUGCAGUUCUAUCGAAUCAAAGGCUCCCCCGAUUCGACAAUCCAGGAUCUAAAUCAGCUCGAGAAGAACGAUCGGGAAGGUGAAUAUGAUAAUCUCUAUGCGUGCGCUCAUCUAUAUGCCAGCGAUAAGAACUCGUUGAUGGUCAUCCCGCGAUCCUUGGGCCAGAGCGAGAGCUGGACCGCGAUGGCAAGUCUGAGCUGCACGGUCAUAUUCCACCAACAUGGCGACGCGCUGCGGAUGCUCGAUUGGGAUGUGACGGAGCAGGGGGAGAAGAGAUCGCGGGAGAAGUGGUUCUGCCAGGAGGCCUGGUCGCCUGCGUCAGGAGGAAGUCGAGGACUCUACGAGAGUCGACUGUGGAGUCUAGACGGAACGCUGCUAGCGACGACCAUGCAAGAUAGCAUGCUUAGAUACAAGGCACCACAGAAGCUAUAGAGUUCAGGGACGGUUGGCAGUUUUGGGUACUGUCAGUUGUUACCAGUAGACAUAUAGCAUAGCGUGUGACCUGAAAGUAUAUAGACCUCUUGAGGAAUUAUUUAAUUUGUCAUCCGUGUAAAAUCUGCGGA